CGCCGCAUUGCGCCCACUUCCACCACCCAACACCACUCCCCCCUCUCCCCGAAGGACCAGCUCCUCCUGUGUUUGAUCACGACCCCUCGCCAGCUCCACUUACACCGCCGACCACAUUGUGACCGCAACAAUGGCGGAGGCUGCCGCAUUGAGGCAGCAGCCCGCAAUGGGCGACACAGCUAUGGAGGAUGCGGGCAAGAUUGAGCAUAGCUUGGGCACGCCCAUCGACCCGCCGACGAUACCAACCCUCGAUGGCUGGAUCGAGUCGCUCAUGACCUGCAAACAGCUCGCUGAGGACGACGUCAGGCGGUUAUGCGAGAAGGCGCGCGAAGUGCUUCAGGACGAGUCCAAUGUGCAGCCUGUCAAAUGCCCAGUCACAGUCUGCGGCGACAUCCACGGCCAGUUCCACGACUUGAUGGAGCUCUUCAAGAUCGGUGGUCCCAAUCCAGACACCAACUAUCUCUUCAUGGGCGACUACGUUGAUCGUGGGUACUUUUCAGUGGAGACUGUCACGCUCCUGGUUGCGCUCAAGAUCCGCUAUCCCCAGCGCAUCACUAUUCUGCGUGGUAACCACGAGUCGAGACAAAUCACUCAAGUAUAUGGCUUCUACGACGAGUGCCUCCGCAAGUACGGCAACGCCAACGUCUGGAAGUUCUUCACCGAUCUGUUUGACUACCUCCCACUUACUGCUCUGAUUGACAACCAGAUCUUCUGCUUGCACGGGGGUCUUUCGCCGAGCAUCGACACGCUAGACAACAUUCGAGCACUUGACCGUAUCCAGGAGGUGCCGCAUGAAGGCCCCAUGUGUGACCUACUCUGGUCGGAUCCAGAUGACAGAUGCGGAUGGGGUAUCAGUCCCAGAGGUGCCGGCUAUACGUUUGGACAGGACAUAAGCGAAGCGUUCAACCACAAUAACGGGCUCACUCUUGUGGCGAGAGCGCAUCAACUGGUCAUGGAAGGGUACAACUGGAGUCAGGACCGCAAUGUGGUCACUAUAUUUUCAGCACCUAACUACUGCUACCGAUGCGGUAAUCAAGCCGCCAUCAUGGAGAUUGAUGAACAUUUGAAGUAUACGUUCCUGCAAUUCGACCCAUGCCCACGCGCUGGCGAGCCCAUGGUCUCUCGCCGAACGCCAGAUUACUUCUUGUAACAUGCCCAAUACCAGUGACAGACAUGUGCUACGAAAAGAGGCGUUUCCGAAAAGCAGCAGCAUUGCAUGGGGCUAUGGUGGGGGAGAGGGUGAUGAUUAUGGCGGACACCAUCGCCAUCCUGGGGCUUCAUGCAUUCUCAUCAUAGAAAGAAAGAACGAUAAUAUGAGCUCCUUGUGUCAUCAUAUCCUCGUGUGAGCUCGUGAAUAUAAGCACUUUGUUUCCUACACUCUCUCUGCGUGAAUCCCAAGUGCGUAGGUUGGGUACGUAGGCAGCUGUCUGUCAUGCACGCAUGCUUCCUCGCUUCGUCACUCGCACCAUCGAGCUCCCAUCACGUCGACGGUGUCCUGAUACCUGUAUCGUAAGCAUGUACACUCUCAGCAAACCCAAUCCACUCCUCUAUGCCCUUGACAUAUACAUCUUCUCCCUCGGGAACUGCCUCGUGAGCCCAUAUCACGACUUGAUCAAACGUCCCAUUUGUCUCGAGAAUUUUGACUUCUAUUGGUAGUUGUAUAUCGUCAUCUUCCUCAUCUUGAUCUUCCUCAAUCUCAUUUCUUCGUCCUUGUGGUUGUCCCUCUUGUUGUUGUGGUAAUAACCUUCGCUCCGUCUUCUGCGCUACCACCCCGGUGUAAUUUUCUGGUAGUUUGAGUUGUUUGGAGCGCAGUUUUCGGCCUCGAAAGUGGACUUCAUGAGAAUCGGAGUGGUGUUUGGGAGAGCGCGUUGGAAGUGGAUUCCAGUGACGCUGGGAGGUUGGGAUGGGUCCUGAGUGUGCGAUUUUGCAGGGGAGGAGGUUUGGGAUCAAGGCGGG